AUGUCAUUCCCCUCCUUCCCUUCCUUUGCUUCGUUCUCGGACCUUGACCCUGGGCCCAGCAGUCGCGCGUCGGUACCUCGAGACGACAAAGAGGAGGGUAAAAAGUACAAGAAGUCCAGGAGAGAAGAAGAGAGGGAUGAUGAUGCUGAGCGGAAGAAGAGGAAGCACAAGCAGGACAAGCGAAGGGAACGUGAGGACGGUGAGCGUGCGCGACAUAGGAACUGUUCUCGCUCUCUUUCCCGUAAGGAACACAACGAUGAAGAUUAUGGGUUGAGAGACGAUGAGCGGACGAAGCUGGAAGAAGACCGCAGCUACAGGAGAGAGGAGGCAGAGAAGCCCAGUGCGAAGGGAGGACUGGUCUACUUCACUGAUCGGAAGGGUGACCCGCUGAACGUGCGCUACGGUGGUUUGCAUGCUGGCGAUAUACCGAAACAUCGUCUAGUUGGAGGCGGUAAGAGGGUUCUUGGCCUAAGCCCCGCAUUGUCCGUGGUCCACCGUGGGCGUGGAGGUAUCGAAAUCGGGCCCUUCGGUCGCCGCAAGAUUCCUGCUUUGACCGAUAACGGUUCUCGCCACCUGCUUGCCGCCCCACCCAAACGAAGGUUACUCGCAUCCCUCGAGGACCGGUACAAAUUUCGGGAGGUCGACGGUUUCAUUCGCGUGGUGUCGAACAAGCCACGCAGAGACGACCAGGCCUACCGUGAGAUUGAGCGGGAGAAGCAAGACCUCGACUCCGACGAAUCUGAUGUCUCCGAGGAGAGCGCAAGCUCAGGCGAUGAGUCUGAUACCACAUCUCUUACGUCGCUGCAGUCCACGCUGAAGGCUCUGGAAGAGAGGCUUGCGACUAACCCCACGGACGUCUCUGCUUGGCUGUCCUUGUUAUUUCAUACUCUGUCCACGGUACCAGUCACUUCCAAGAACGCUUCGCGAGCCAGGGCUGAGAUAUCCCUCUCGGUCCUCCGACGAGCGAUGUCGACGCAUCCCGGUAACCUGCGCUCGAAAAUCUUGCGGCUCAAAUAUAUGAAGGCAGGCGAAGAGAUCUGGGAGCCAGAGAAGCUGAAGACAGAGUGGGAGGACGCCGUCAAAGUGGACAAUAUUGAGAUCUGGAUGGCGUGGUUAGAUUGGAGGGUGCGCAAGACCUCGAACAUCUUGGAGUGCAUCGUCGACGAUGUGCGACGGAUCUCACGUGCUCUAGCUACUCGAGGAGACGAGAUCGGGCAGCUGCGAGUGUCCUGGAGAGCCGCGGUUGCAGUACGAGAUGCAGGAUAUGUGGAACGUGCUAACGCACUGUUCCAGGCGCAAGCUGAACUAUUGUAUACCAUGCCCGAGCGUCUUGCUGGCAAACCAUUCGAAGAACAACUAGACGCCAUGGAAGAGUACUGGGAUUCGGAGGUACCACGCUUAGGAGAGCCAGAAGCGGGUGGUUGGGCUGCAUGGGACGCCUACCGCCACGAGCAGCUUGCACGACCACCGAAGCCAGUCGACGGUCCUUCCGGCAUAUCUGAUCCCUACUCGAAGUGGGCAGCGUCCGAAGUUCUUGCAGAUCGUACACGUGCUAUGUCUUUACGUUCUGCCGACGAAGACGAUGCCGCAGAUCCCUACGCCAUCGUGCUCUUCUCCGACAUCCGACCGUUGCUCUUGCCCUUGCGCACUCCACGUGUCAAGGACGUCUUCCGCCGUAUAUGGCUCGCCUUCUUGGGUCUGCACGUCCCAGGCUUCCUUGCAUCGCUGUCCGAGGAUCCAGACGACAACACGGACGAUCGUUGGGCAUAUUCGCAUCUUGCGGGCGCAUCAUAUCUGUCCUCCGUGUUCCCUGCGGAAACCUCCACUCAGCGGAUCACCGCAGAUGCUCAUGCGGGCGUCCUGAUUGGCCGCGAGAGGGAGUUCGGUAGUGGGUUUGGCCCUGUGAAGAAUUGGGGCUACGACACGAUUGGGCCUCUCGAUACCCUAGGGUUUGGCAAGUGGACGAUGUGGUCGAGCGAAGAUGUGCAGGGCGUGGAUGCUCCCCUCAUACGGGAGAUCUUCAGACAAUGCAGACUUGAGGUGGACGGUGCGGACUGGGAUAUUCUCAAUGUCGCCUUUGAAGCUGCGGUGAAUGCCAAAGGCGCGAUAAAGAUCUCGAAGUCGCUGCUCGCUGGCGUGCCGGAGUCACUCGCUCACUGGGCGGCUCAUGCUCGUUUGGAAUCCCUCCGUGGGAAGCUCAACGAUGCGAGGAAAGUGUACCAAACGGUGCUCACGUCGUAUCAAAACCGCGCUGGCGAAAGCACUUUGUGGUGGGACUGGGCCCGGCUAGAAUGGCUAGCCCGGAACGACGAUGCCGCUCUGGAGGUCAUCGUACGAUCGUCCGGAGGCACCGGCUCGGGUGGUAUCGCGGUCCUGCGCGCGAAGCGGCACCUCCAAACCUUGCUUACACAAUUAGCCACGGCGAGCUGGAAAGAGCGUGAAGCAUGGAUCAAGCUCGCCGCUCUUCUCGAGUUGCUGACGUCUUCUCCGCAAUCCGCGCUCGCUCUAUUUGACUCUUAUCUCAGUGCGCUGCAGCCGAGAUCACCAGCGCACGAGAGCCUGACCGUUGCGUCAUUGGCGUUGCUGUACAAUCAUGCCACGGUGCUGAAGAGUGCGACGCCUUCUGCGCUUCUAAGGGAGCGCGUCGAGAAAGCGGUUGAGGUGUACCCGAACAACACCGCUAUCCUAGGCAUUUUCCUGGAAGCGCAAAAAGGACAGGGUAUUUGGGGACGCGUUCGUGCUUUACUCGGAGAGACCGCCGCAGAUGGCACCGGGAAGGAGAAGAGUGUUGCGAGGCGAGUCGCGGAGGUCUGGGUUGCAGGAUGGGAGAAGGGACGCUGGGAAGCGGAGGUUGAGCGUACUCGCAGCGGGCUCGCCGCAGCAGUCGAGGACGACAGAACUCGCGGAAGCGCGGUCUUGUGGAAGCUCUUCGUGGCGUUUGAGAUGCGCGCGGGGCAGCCGGAGCGGGCCAAGAGGCUUCUGGUCCGUGCCGUUGGCGAAUGUCCGCUCGUGAAGGAAUUGUAUCUAUUGGCAUUCGGGCCCUUGCGGGCUGUGUUCAGCACGCGGGAGCUGAAUCAGUGGGCGGACACAAUGGCGGAGCGGGGCAUUCGGAUGCGGGCUGGGCUGGACGAGGUGGUCGGGGAUUUGAUGGACAAUAAGGCUGAGGACGCGAUGAGCGACGUUGGGGACGGAGAGGACGAGAUUGAGCAGCGGGCUAAGGAACUGCGGCGCCUGAUGCCGUACUAG